AUGGCGAAGCGUUGCAGCACCAGAGCUGUAAUUCAAAUAUUUCUGACAGGUAUGUGCUUGGCGACAGCAAUCACCGCAUUCACGUUCGCGUUCGUGUUCGAGCAGUUCAUGGACCAGAUGACAGAGAACUAUCGUGGUGACCUCCGCUCUGAGAAUUUGCCUUGUCUUAGAAGCACCUUGGAUUUGUGCCCCAAUGCGAUCACGGACAAAUGCUGGGAUCGCUGCUGCCCUCCUGGCUAUUUCUGCUCGCGUUCGCCCAUCGUCGGGCUGUAUUGCCAGCAUGGCCUCACCUCUUGUGAGGACUUCAAUUGGUGCCGCGACUUUGCAGACAUCCCGCGGACCUGUGCUACCUCGGUCUGCAAAACCAACCAGAUGGUGACACGAGUGACAUCGUGGUCCUACAUCUUAGCUGCCAUUGGCAUCUUCCUAGACCUGGUUGACAUCAUCACCAUCUUUACACUGCCAGAUGCGGUGGUGUUCAAGGCAGCGACCAACGUCUUCUCCAGCCUCGUAAAGUGGUUGGCGUUCGGUCUCGUCGUUGGUGCGGGCACGCAGGGUUUCAUGGCAGAGCUCGAAAUGGGUAGAUGUUUCAACGGCGGUGGCAUGCAGCUGGUGGCAGAUGCUGGGGGCCUCUUUGUCUCCUACGCCAUCGUCCAAGUAGU